AGUAUUUCGUUUCGUCUAUGACUGUUACUAAUAUUGUACUUUACAUUGCUUUCGUUGUAAAUAGUCGUACGUUUUAUAUUCGUUCGUCGCACAUAAUUAUCGUACGUUAUAAUUACAUUAAUUUCGAAAAAUGAAGAGAUCGCCAUUAAAUACUCCACAUGGUAGUCGGACAUACGGUGCAAGGCAUACGCCGUAUAAUUGGAAGUUAUACGAAAACGCGAACAAUAGAGGUUAUCAGUCCGUUAAUAAUAGUUAUCAGCGUUUUUCUGUAAACAAUGAGAUACAGCCUAGCGGGGAUAAUUUUAUUCCUCUAAACGUUAGCACGCCAGUGACACAACACGAAAAGCACAAUACUAAUCGGUAUAGCCCUGCGAAUGGACGCAAUAGCGCCAGUCCAGGUAGCGGGUGGUAUAAUAACAGGAAUAACUAUCACGCUACUUCAAGAUCAAAUUGUAAUAAUCGGUAUUCUACUUACAAGCAUUCUGGCAAUCAAUUCCAUGGACAAAAAAGAAAGGAUUAUAAAGGAAUGCGUAGGCAAGCAAACAUAUCAGCGUAUAUAGAUAUAAAUUCCUUUUUGGAAGACCCUUGGGAAGAUCUAGUCAAAAAGUUAAAUAAUUCAAAAGAAAUAAGCAAAAGUGAAACAUCUAAGAAUGAAUCUCUAUGCAGUUUAAAAUUGGCAGAUAAUGAUCGUGUAGAAAAAUCUGAAAGCGAAUUUACGAGAGAUAUAAACUUGGAUGAUUCACGAUGCAGUCAAGAGACUAAAAAUGAUCAGAUUUGUGUAGAUAUAAGUUUGGAGACCGAGAAUACAGAUCUCAGUCAAAUAUCGAAUAGUUCAAUAAAUUUGGAAACUGAUGAUAUUUGCUCCAGUCAAGAUUCACUAAAUGAAAGUUCAUGCAGUAUUAAUAGCAAGAUUUGUGGAAUCAUAGAAGAGAAGGAUAAUACUCAUUUAAAUGCAUUACUGAUAGACACUGAUCAGAAAAAUAUAUAACAGUAAAUGAAGAAUAACAUUUAUAUUGUGAAGAGAAAUUAUACUGGGUAAAAAAAUACAUGUAAUAAUUGUUGCUGUACAGAUAUUCAUGAAUUGUAUAUAGGUAUUGUAUAUAAGUAUAACAUCAUAUAAAAAAUUCAAUGUACUAAAAUUUUUUGAGAUGCAUUUUUUUAGAAACAGGUUAGAGUUGUGAAAUUAUAUUUAAAAUGUAUGUGAUGUACAACAGACUAACAUUAUCUUAUAGAUUAUAUAUUUUCACAAUUUGGCUGUGAAAAAAAGAUGUAUAAAAAUUUAUAUUAUAGACUUAUAUAGAUAUAUGUGCAAUUUUGUAGUACAUGAGUCCACUAAGGAUAUAAGAACUUGAGAAAACAGUAAACACCAAUUUCUGACUAG